UGGGAGUUGGCUGCUGAUGGAUGUCCCUCUCUGGGAAGUACUCUUCACUUAAGGAAGUAGCCUUGCCAAAGGGUACACCUGCCUCCCCAGAUGUGGCCUAUAUAAAAUGAAUGGUUAUUGCAAGGAAAUAAAUUUUUGUGUCCCCCUCCCCCUUUGCUUUAAUUUGGAGCCCUAGCGGUACAGUGGCUGAGAGCUCCAAGAGCUGGGCUACUAACCAAAAGAUAGACAGUUCCUUAGGGCUCCAGUUUGAAUCCACUAGGGGCGCCUCAGAAGCCCUAUGGGGCAGUUCUACUCUGUCCUAUAGGGUUGCCAUGAGUCAGACUCCACUCGAUGGCAACCGGGAGGGUGGAUGGGUGGGAGGUUGGUGCUUUAAUUUGGAACAAUUCUGCUGGGCCAUCCCAGGCUCAGAGCUUUCCUUUCGGUUAGCAACGGAGCGCUUAACUGCUGCGCCACACGGUUCCUUAAAGAACACAAACAGGCACUAAAUACUGGUUUUUUAAUCGAAUGAAUAGAUGAGCCAGACCUUGCGCUGGGUCCUGGGGUCACAAAAUCUUCCACCAGCCAGUAACUGACCCUUAAGAGCAGCAGCUCAGGGUGUUCCUGAGUCCCCGCCCCUCCGGGCACGCCCCCAGGUCAAGGCAGGGGGCGGGGCCCGAGGAGGCCUCAGCCGGCGCGAUGAGACAACCGGCGGUGCGACUGGUGCGACUGGGCCGGGUGCCAUAUACCGAAGUUCUGGCGGUGCAGGAGCGCUGGCUGAGGCGGCUGCAAGCAGAGCCAGGCACUGAGGCCCUACCGAGGAUUGAGGCGGGCGCCCUCCUUCUCAGCGAGCCCGCGGGGCCUGUGUACACAGCCGGGUUGCGCGGCGGCUUGACGCCCGAGGAGGCGGCUCGGCUGCAGGCAUUAGGCGCCGAGGUGCGGGCUACCGGCCGCGGCGGCCUAGCCACCUUCCAUGGCCCGGGCCAGCUGCUUUGCCAUCCGGUACUCGAUUUGCGGCGCUUCGGCCUGCGCUUGCGCACCCACGUGGCGGCGCUGGAGGCGUGCGCUGUGCGCCUGUGCGAGCUCCAGGGCCUGCCGGCCGCGCGCGCUCGACCCCCGCCCUAUACCGGCGUGUGGCUGGGUGAGCUCAAGAUCUGUGCGAUCGGAGUCCGCUGUGGAAGACACAUCACGUCUCAUGGCCUGGCUCUGAACUGUUGUACGGACCUGACGUGGUUUGAGCACAUUGUCCCUUGUGGGCUGGUGGGAACAGGUGUGACUUCCCUGAGUAAGGAGCUCCAGAGAUACGUCACUGUGGAUGAAGUAAUGCCACCUUUUCUUGAGGCCUUUAAGGAGACCUACAAGUGCACACUGACUUCAGAGGACAACCUCAGCUGAAGGCCAUUGCUGUUACAGCCAGGAUGGCCCUGCCUUGGAAAGCUGCAAGCCUGACUUGGAAUCACAGAACCCAGGUUCUAGACUCAGCCCCGCCAUUCACUGGCCGUGAAAAAAGGGCAGGUCCUGAGUUCUGAGCCAUUGUUUCCCUAUGUAUUCAAGUUUAUUUAUUACCUCCCCCCCCAGAGAUUUUUUUCAGAGAUACUAGAUGUGAAAACCCUGUAAAAAGCAUUACACACAUAUAAAUAUAAGGGAUUAUCAUUACUAUUGACAACAGUUUCUCAGUUCAGAGAAGCUUACAUAUCAUAGAUUGUCAUUUCUUGAUUUUUACUACUUCCUUGAUACUGUAUCUAAUUGUGCAAUCCUAGAUUUCCAUUCCUUUGAAUUGGUGGGUAUCAAAUCUCUGUAUGGCCCAGGUGAAGGUGAUGUGCUUUUUCUUUCUCAUGAGACUUUCUACGAUAAAGAAAAGAGGGAAAAGCCUCUUCAAAGAAUAAGGUGGGAUCCAGUCUUCCUGGAUUAGAUUUCCCAAGCCUGAUAAUUGAGCUAUAUUUACUUGGGAUAAAUUGAACAGGCCAGAGACUGGGGGAAAGACAAGAAUAAUUUCCUGAACUGUACCAACGCCAGAGGUAGAAAUGAGUUUUUCUUAUAUGAGGUCUCUAAGUUUGUAAAGCUAUGCAUUAGUUAUCUAUUGCUGCAUAACAAAUUGCCCCAAAACUUAGCAACUUAAAAAGAACAAUAAAUAGUCAUUAUUUCAUAUAUUUUCUGUGGGUCAGGAAUUUUGAAGAGGCUUAGCUGGGUGAUUCUGCAUCAGGAUCUCUCGUGAAUUUGUAUUCAAAACAUCAGUUGAGGCUGCUGUCAUGUGAAGGUUUGACUGGGGCUGAAAGAUCAGUUUCCUGCAUGGCUCAUUCACAUGCCUGGUUGGUGUUGGUUGUUGACAGGAAGCCGCAGUUUCUCAACAUGUGGACCUCUCCAUAGGGCUGCUUGAAUGUUCUCAUGACAGGUAGAACUGGCUUCCCCUAGAGGAAGUGAUCUCAGCCAGUGUCUUUUAUGACCCAGCCUUAGAAAUCACACACAGCCAUUUCUGCAGUAUCCUAAUAGGUUAGCCCUAUUCGGUGUAGAAGGGACUACACAAGGUUGACAAAAGAUGAGGAUCAUUAGGAGCCAUCUUGGAGGCUGGCAUUCACAGCCUGUUAGGGUGGAAAGAGCCUUGAAUGAAAUGUCAGGCCACCCUGGUUCCAGUCUGGGCUUCAGUUUCCGUUUAGACCGGUGCUGUUGCAUAGAAAUAUAAUGUGAGCUGCAUUGUAAUUUCAUAUCCUCUAAUAGCCACAUUAAAAAAGUUAAGAAGAUAUUGAAUUGGUGUAUAUUUUGGUAUAUAUAUUUUCACCAAAAAAAAAAAUACUUAAAAUGAUAUACAAAUGGCCAAUAAGCACAUAAAAAAAAAAACGCCCAACUUCAAAAAUAAAAAAGUGACAUUAAUUUUAAUAAUAUAUUUUAAUUAACCCAGUAUAUCCAAAAUAUUUUCAGUAUAAAGCAGUAUAAAAGUGUUAUUAAUGAGAUAUUUGACCUUCUGUCUUUCAUACUAAGUCUUUGAAAUCCAGUGUGUAUUUUAUACUUACAGCACACCUAAUUUCAGACUCGCCAUAUUUCAAGUGCUCUGUAGCCACAUGUGCCUAGUUGCUACCAUAUUGGAUAGAACAGCCUUAGAGAAUAUCAUAUCUAAAGUCUUUUUGAGCUCCCAGGGUUCUGUGGCCUCAGUGGCUUCUGGGAAGUAAAAGUGACUCCUUCCACAUCUGAGGUCUGAUUUUUGAUCUGUAAAUGAUUUAUCAAUUUUUCAAGCCAAAAAGAACUUUAGAGAUGUAUUCCUACCCCUUCAUUGCAAAGAGAUGAAACCAAGAUUUAGGAAGAAACUUGUUCAAGGUCACACAGUAAAUUAAUGACAAAGCCAGGACUAGAUUCCAGGUAGAUGCCCUCUCUCAUGCUCUUUUCCUGCUGUGCGCUCUGACUUAGAGGUCAGAACAAUGUGGCUUACAUGCCAUGGACACUCAGUCAAUAUUAGUUGAUUGAUAGUUUGGUUUGUCCACCCAUAAUCUGGCUCAUAUCCUUUUUAGGCCUUAGAUUCCCAUCCAUGGAACCAGCACUGCUGUAGCAUUUUACAGGGUGUGGGGGGAAGGGGGAUGUAGUUGAUAAUUACCUUGCAGUAUUACUGCCAAGAAGGAAAAUAAUUAUUCCAGGGAAAGUGAAGUUUCUGUUCUCGUGGUUGGAAGACUGUGCACAGUGUUGCUGCCCAUCUGAUAUUUGACCACCCUCUCUAGCAGCCCUAAUAAGUGACCAUACACUCUGCUCAUGAAUACCUUCAAUGACAGGGAAAGGAACUAACUUUUACUCAGCACUUAUUUAUAGUACCAACUACUGUGUUAGCCCUCUUAAUCAUAUCCUCUCAUUAGACAGCCUGUCCUAUCCUUCUGGACCACUGAGAAUAAAUCCACAUGGUAUGGCUGAGUUACUUAACCUUCCUUAGCCUCAGUUGCAUUCAUAUGAAACAAGGACAAUUACAGUAUCUACCUCAGAGCACGGUAAGAAUUGCAAGUAAAGCAUUAAGUGUUGUGCCAGCACAGAGUAUGUGCUCACUAAAUAUCAUUAUCACAGUCUGUCCUCCAUGAGCUUUCUUCUCCAGGGAAAUUAUCCCAGUUCCUUUAACUUUCCCUCAAGGCAAUAGGCUCCACGAGGGUAGAGCUGUGUCUGUUUCCCUUUGUACCUCUAGCACAUAGUACUUGGCCUUGACAUAUAGAAGGCUAUUAGUAAAUAUUAAGUGGAAUUGAACUAUAUACAGUCACUUCCCUGCAUUGCUUACCUGCCUCUGGACCAGCCCCAGUUCAUGCAUGUCCCACUAGGUGCGGCACCUACAGCUGAGCACAGCACUCUUGGUGUGGACAGACUAGCGCAGAGCAUGGCAAACUGUCACCACCCACCUUGUGCUGGCCUAAGGGGCACACACUGGCACUCAUGGGCUGGAGCUGCCCUGCAGAUGUGUUCUCUUUAGCCUACAGGCUGUAUAUAUAUAUAUACAGAUGUAUAUGUACGUAUCCAUGCAUUUCGUUUUAAUAGUUGUCAACAUUUAGAAAUUGUAAUUCUUCACAUUUUUUUUUUUUUUACUUCUCUUGAAAAUUCGAGAGAUCUGAAAACACGAGGCCUUCAUUUCUACCAGACAACAAUUGGCUGGAGCUGAGAAGUGGCUGCAUCUUUCAAAUUGCGUUCUCCUGUUUGCUGCAGCACCACCCUCUCUUCUCCUUUACUUUGUCGACAUUACCUGCCUGGUGGGCUUUCAGCUGGUGACCCUAUUCUACACAUUUCCCUGUUCUGAAAGACACCAGAGUAUGGACCUUCCUGUUAUAGCACUGGGUCUGUUCUGAAGCAUGAUGACCUCUUUAACAAGGGGCCAUAACUUACUCAUCCCUGUGUCUCUGGCCCUUAGCUCAAGGCCAGGCACAAAAUAGGCAGCAGGAAAUGAAUGGUAGUUAUUAACUUUCACCAAAUAUUUCUGGAUCUCCACCUUCUGGGCAUGUGGCAGAAUUGCACUUGGUGGCCCCCUUGUGGUUGGGUGAGGCCAUGUUGUCACUUGUUCUGGUCAAUGAGUUAUGAAUGAAUGUGACUUAUUACUUCUGAACUGGAGUAUUGACUUGCUAGUGCCAGACCCUUUACAGUUUCUCUUUCCCUCAGGUACAGUGACCAGCCACAUUAAAGAUGGUGGCUGUUUCCUGAGGGACUGCAAUGAGCAGAGAGAUCUGUUGUCCCAUGAUGGACAUAUGGUAAAGUUAAGCCACUGAAACGUGGGGGUUGUUCAUUACCACAGCAAAACCUAGCCUAUCCUGAUGGAUACAAUGUUUAUAUUAAUUAGGACUCUUGUAUUUCUAAGUGUAGAAACCCAAUGCAAACUAAAAUAAAAAUAAGAGGAAAGGAUUUACUGGAAAAGGUACUGGGGUCUCAAAAUCCAAGGGUGGGGCUCAGCUGGGCUCAAGAGCAGAAUCAGAGCAUGAAGCUCUGCAGAUACUCAGGUAGUCUUCUCUCUCGAGUUCUUCCAUGCUUCUCUGUGUGUGUUUGUUUCAUUCUGUCUUGCUUCUGUCCAGCUUUCACCAUUUCCCAGGCCACAUGGUGGAAAAUGGCUGCUGCUGCUAGCCAUGAAUGUUGAGGAAGAGUCAAGGAAAAUCCCCAGGUUUCCAGCUUGAGCAACUGGGUAGAUCGUGGAGGUAUUGCUGGGAUGGAGAACAAUGGAUGCAGACCAAGUUUGGAGGGGAAGAUAAUGUGUUCAGUUUUAGAUAAAUCAAGUUGGAGACACUUGUGGGAGAUGCAAGCAGAGAGAGCCAAGAAGCAGUUGGGUGUAUGGGUCUGGAACAUGGGCACGAUAAGUGAUGGUUUAGAUCUGGGAGCCCUGGGAGAGAGAAAGAAGAGGACAUAGGACUAAUGAAAAUGAGGCACGGCAAGAGCCGGCCAAGGAGGCUGAGAGGCAGUAGGCACAGAAUUAGUGUGAGGCUGCAAAAUGGGACAACAUAAGCUAUCUCAUUCAGUGCUCCAGCUGUCCUACAAGAUAGAUGAGAAAACUGAGGCUCAGAGAGGUUAAGUGACUUGUCUGAAGGCAUGCAGUUAGUAAGUGUUAGAAUCAGGGUUCAAUCCCAUCUCCUGUCUCCCAGUCUGGUGCUCUUUCCACUCUUCCAUAGCUGCCUCUGAAGGGUGAGUGGGACAGACAUCCUGGAGUAGAUAAGCCUCCAAGAACAGGUGAGUAGUGAGUAGGCAAAGCCAACAAGGAGCCAGAGCAGAAAGCUAGAGUUUGGCUUAAGUCGGUCCUGUGGAAUCAGGUCAGGCCACUGCUGCGGGUUCCUGACUCCCUUUCCUCUCUGGACAAAUCCCACCUCCGGUUUCCCACCGUGGCCCUUUUUCAAGGAAGGAAGCUGAGCGUGUGAAGGAGGAUAUCUAACACCCUGGCUUUCUUGCCUCCAGAAAGCCUCUUGUUUGUUUAGAGUCUUUUGCCCAUAAAUAAACAGAUUGCCCAGAGCAUGGUGAAGGAGUGCUGAGGAUGAGGACGUGACAAACUGCAGUUACUGGUCCAGCAUCUUGUUCCUUUGGUGAGGCUGGCAGAAAACUGAACAGAACCAGCCCUGGCAGUGUGACCAGGUGCACCUCACUUCAUGUGAAAGGGCUCUAUGUGAAAAUUUACCUGAAAUCAGGUUUCUGAGAUCUAAAUCUGAUAUUUUCUGGUGGAUUUGUAAUUUACCAUACAUAUCAUACCAUACCAUAUACUCUAAUACCUUUAAAAAUUUUUAAAGAAAAAAUAGAACAUUUGUACUCCCACUGAACAUAUCCUUUUCAUUUGUGUGUGUUUUUAGAACUUGAACAUGAGUACAUAUUUUUAUAUACUUUUAAUUAUGUGGAUAAAAUUGUAUAUACUUUUUUAACCAAACAUAAUAGUACAUUUUUCCAAAUGUAAUUAUAU